AGGCAACAGGCGGUUAAUGAGUAACUAAGGAGAAGGUGCAACCUUCAGUUCUCAGUGAGUGACUUCAUACAGUCAGAAGAAGCUCAGAUCUGUGUUUGUUUGUUGUAAGCAGCAGGACUGGAUAAGACAACUUUGUGGAGGCUUUUUGUUUUUAUAUUUUGGUUGUGACUGAGAAACAGAGCUGCUAUGGCUGACACAACCUCUCAGUCGCCGGCCCCUGGCUCGUCGGCCAAACUCGACCAGGUACAAGGUCAGGUCAACGAGGUGAAAGUUAUCCUGAAAGACAACAUCAGCAAAGUGCUGGAGCGAGGGGACAGACUAGAUGAUCUCAUCGGCAAGACUGACGACCUGCAGGCCUCCGCUGACUCGUUCCAGAGAACAUCCACGCGGGUUGCCAGGAAGUAUUGGUGGAAGAACAUUAAAAUGAUGAUUAUAAUUGGUGUGAUCGUGGUGAUCAUCGUCGUCCUCAUCAUCCUCUUCGCCACGGGUGUUAUUUAAAAUCCGAUCUGUGCUCCUUCACCAGCUCAGGACUGAAAACAAUGACGACAGCGUAUAAAGCUCACCCCUCUUUUAUUGGGCUUUUUAAUUGCUCUCAUGAGAGUCUCUGAUCAUUUCAGCUCAAACAGAUAAGAUAUAUUUAUGGAAAUUCAAAGGAUACGUGAUUUACUGAUUCAGUUUCUCUGCCGUAAAGUUUCAAAUUCAGACGUGCAAAUUGUCAUAAACUUGGCUGAAAUACUUCUUUGAACACUCCAACAGUCAUGAACACGUACUUGUAAUAUUUCACAAAGGAUCACAAAUCCAAAUGAGCAUUUAUUAUUUUUAUUUUUUCGCAUUUCAUGUCCAAUUAACUGUAUAUACUGUGUGUUUAUGACUGUCAAACUCUGUAAUAACAUAUGUAAUAUAUGACUGAUGACUAUGAUAAAGAGGAUAAACUGCAA